AUGGCAAACCUAAACAAAACGCCAAUGAUGCAGGUUGACUUGAACUUCAAAUACCCGAUGGCAGUGGCUGCUAUGGGCAUGGGCUUCGCGUCGGUUGCCUCGUAUGUGUAUUGCGACCUGUUGAAACGGGUUCCCGCUGCAGUUGGCGUCGAUGCCAAAUUUUACUGGAAGCGCAUUUUUCCCGUGGGCGCAUGUCAAGGUCUCACAUUGUUCCUGGGUAACCAAAUGUACUUCUUCCUGACCGUCGCUUUCAUAGAGAUGUCCCGGGCCUCCCUGCCGGUGACUACCAUGAUUGCCUUGUGGCUGGCGCGCUUGGAGACCCCCACCGCGGCCGUCAUCCGAGCCGUGUGCCUUACGGCCGUGGGCUGCGCCAUCGCCGCUUACGGCGAGGUCCAUUUGACCCUCGUUGGCGCCCUCCUGGCUGCCUGCAACCUGAGUAUGGAGUCGAUUCGGCUGGUGAUGACGCAGUACCUGCUGGUGGGCUGCGACAUGCACCCGCUGCAGAGCCUCAAGUUCAUCGCACCGGCUGCCACCCUCACUUUGCUGGUGGGCUCUGCGAUCCGGGAGUACCCGACCAUGGUGAAGAAUAAGGCGUUCAGCAUUGUUGCGAGCGCCCCCUUCCACUUCAUGCUAGCGGCGGUGCUGGGCCUGGUGGUCAACGUGUUGGGCGUUGUCAUCAUCAAGCUCUCAUCCGCCACGACUCUAAAGGUGCUGGCGGCGGUUCGUGGGCCCAUCGUGGUAAUGUGCAGCGUGAUGUUGUUUUCUGAAGCCGUCACUCUCAUCGAGUUCCUUGGAUACUCUAUGUCGGCAAAUCCGCAGCCGGCAAUACGCCUGCCCCCCGCCACUCCCAAUGCCACCGCCAACCCGCAACGGAAGCGCACCAAGUCCACCAAUAAGAUCGAUGCCGUUGGUGUCCCCCCGGGGUUGGAGCGGCCUCAUAAUCCCAACGAGGACAUUGUUUGGCUGACUGACGCUUGUGGUGGUGAUUUCAAGAGCUGGGCCUAUGCACUCCAGGGCUCGAUGACGGUCAUCUGCUUUUUUUGUGACACACAUAAGGAGAGUAACGCCACCAUUUCCCACACGAACUGGGAUCGCUCAGCUUACACCCGGCACGAGGCCUCCUACUCCCACAAAGCGGCUGUAGACCAGUACACGCAAGAUCCGCAGCAACAGCAAACUGACAAGCACCUGGCCAUGACCGAGGUUGCCGACAAUCCCUUCAAGGGGUUAAACUAUGUACAUGUUGGUGGUACAAAGGAUUCAUGGUUGCUACAGGACCUCAAGCAACGCGGUUGGGCCAUCGACAGGGUGUCGGUGCAGCAGCCGCAUCAACAGGAAGCCGCCAACUGUAUGCGACUUCACCACCAUCAGCAACAAGCCAACGACACCCGGCGUAUGUGCAGGUGGGGAAGGGGCGCCGCGCCUUCGAUGCAGCCACGGACUGCCUGCGGCGCUGGGGCCACUUCCAGCUGGGCUGGUCCAGCGUGGAUCCGAGCACGGGCACCCGGGAGGGGGACCUGGUGGCCGUCACCUCCAAGACGCUCUUUCUGUGGACAUGCAACCCGCUGCAAAUAGUGUACUCUGAACGCAAGGACCCUCCACGACUGCGACUGCCUUGGCAGCCUCGACCGCCUCGCAGCUUCUCUUUCGCUCACGGCUGCCUGGAGGGGCACAUGCUGGCGGGGGAGGAGAGCUUCCGCGUGGAGAUGCGCCCCGACGGAACCGUGUGGUAUGACAUCACAACAUUUUCCAAAGCGGUGCAUCCUCUGGCAAUCGGGUUCUUCCCGUUGACGCGGCACUUCCAGAAGAUGUUCGGAGCCGACUCCGCUCGAGCCGUGAUUUCGGCGGUGGCGUCCUCCGUUUCCCCCUCCUGUUGAGGACCGGACCGCCCCCGCCUGGACGGCUGACGGCU